AAGUAUGCAGUGUGUCAGUAUUUUGGCCAGUUUUCGUUAAAGGAACAUAAAAACCAUACAAAACAAUUCUUCCCUGUAAAUUCCCCGGUUGACGCAAACAGACCACGCUACUUCAAGAAGACAAAAGGCCAAGAAGCCUGACAAGGGCCAAGUCUCCAGGCAGAGAGGGAGUCAUUUCAUUGGCAGCUUGAAUCAGCAAAGAAGUCAAGAUGGCCAAAGUUCCUGACCUCUUUGAAGACCUGAAGAACUGUUACAGUGAAAAUGAAGAAUACAGUUCUGAAAUUGACCAUCUCACUCUGAAUCAGAAAUCCUUCUAUGAUGCAAGCUAUGACCCACUUCAUGAGGACUGUACAGAUAAAUUUAUGUCUCCGAGUACUUCUGAAACCUCUAAGACACCCCAGCUUACCCUCAAGAAGAGUGUGGUGAUGGUGGCAGCCAAUGGGAAGAUUCUGAAGAAGAGACGGUUGAGUUUAAAUCAAUUCCUCACUGCUGAUGACCUGGAAGCCAUUGCCAACGAAGUAGAAGAAGAAAUCAUGAAGCCCAGAUCAGUAGCACCCAACUUCUAUAGCAGUGAAAAAUACAACUAUCAGAAGAUCAUCAAAUCCCAAUUCAUCCUGAAUGACAACCUCAGUCAAAGUGUAAUUCGAAAAGCAGGGGGAAAAUACCUCGCAGCCGCUGCAUUACAGAAUCUGGAUGAUGCGGUGAAAUUUGACAUGGGGGCUUAUACAUCAAAAGAAGAUUCUAAACUUCCUGUGACUCUCAGAAUCUCAAAAACUCGACUGUUUGUGAGUGCCCAAAAUGAAGAUGAGCCUGUAUUGCUAAAGGAGAUGCCUGAGACACCCAAAACCAUCAGAGAUGAGACCAACCUUCUCUUCUUCUGGGAACGUCAUGGCAGUAAGAACUACUUCAAAUCAGUUGCCCAUCCAAAGUUGUUCAUUGCCACACAGGAAGAAAAACUGGUGCACAUGGCAAGAGGGCUACCCUCUGUCACUGACUUUCAGAUACUGGAAACCCAGUCUUGACUCUGGAAUCUACUUCCUUGUGAAGUGUUUACAGUCCAUAUGUACUAUGUACAUGGAGGAGUCAAAUCUUUUACUCUUAGUCACCUGCUGAGCAUGUGCUGAGCCUUUGUAAUUCUAAAUGAAUGUUUACUCUCUUUGUAAGAGAGUGAGCAAGCUCUAAUGGAACCAACAUCAACAUAUAAUGUUGUUUGUUAUUUAAAGAAUACCCUAUACUUGAAAUACAAAUCAAAACCACCAUGAGAUACCACCUGACACCUGUCAGAAUGGCUAACAUUAACAACUCAGGCAA